UGUAGCUGUCAAACAACAGGCUCAGACAGCAACCGAUGUCCUCCGUCGCCGCCCUGCAUCGCCCCGCGCGACUUUUCAGCCGACACAAAGCCACAAAUCCUGUCCCAUGGCGUUCAGGAAGGCCGUCAAACGCACGGCCAUUGUAGGCGGCGGGGCCGUCGCCACCGUUUUUGGCCUGUCGCAGCUCAUCGAGUACAGAAAGAAGCAGGCACGGUUAGCGCACGUGGCAGCAGAAGCGCAGCUGAAGGCUCCCUUUGCGGACGAGCUUCCCUCUCGGCAGGGCCAACUCACACGGCUGAAAGAAACCGAGUUUGAUGUUCUGGUGGUCGGAGGUGGAGCCACAGGUGCAGGAUGUGCCUUAGACGCCGCCACACGCAACCUAAAGACCGCUCUAGUGGAGAGGAGCGACUUUUCUUCCGGGACGAGCAGCCGGAGCACCAAGCUCAUUCACGGCGGUGUCCGCUAUCUCCAGAAGGCCAUCAUGAAACUGGACUACGAGCAGUACAUGAUGGUCAAAGAGGCCCUCCAUGAGCGAGCCAACCUCCUGGAGAUUGCACCUCACCUGUCGGCGCCGCUCCCCAUCAUGCUUCCUGUUUACAAAUGGUGGCAGCUGCCUUACUAUUGGGCCGGCAUCAAGAUGUACGACCUGGUUGCCGGCAUCCAGUGCCUAAAGAGCAGCUACAUGCUCAGUAAGACCAAAGCCCUGGAGCUCUUCCCCAUGCUGAAGAAGGACAAGCUGGUGGGAGCCAUCGUCUACUAUGAUGGGCAGCACAACGAUGCCCGUAUGAACCUGGCCAUUGCCCUCACCGCUGCCCGUUAUGGCGCUGCCAUGGCCAACUACACCGAGGUGGUUCACCUGCUGAAGAAAAAGGACCCACAGACCGGCGCUGACAAAGUGUGUGGUGCGUGCUGCCGGGACGUGCUCACAGGAGAGGAAUUUGAUGUCAAAGCCAAGUGUGUGAUCAAUGCAACCGGACCCUUCACAGACUCAGUGAGGAAGAUGGAUAACCAGGAAAGCGCAAACAUCUGCCAGCCCAGUGCCGGCGUGCACAUCGUCAUCCCUGGCUACUAUAGUCCUGACAACAUGGGCCUGUUGGAUCCAGCCACAAGCGAUGGCCGAGUCAUUUUCUUCCUACCUUGGGAGAAGAUGACUAUUGCCGGGACCACGGACACACCCACCAGCGUGACAGCCCAUCCCAUCCCCGGGGAAGAUGACAUCAACUUCAUCCUGAGCGAGGUCCGCAACUACCUCAGCCCCGAUGUGGAAGUGAGGCGAGGUGACGUGUUGGCGGCGUGGAGUGGCAUCCGUCCCCUGGUGACGGACCCUAACUCCAAAGACACACAGUCCAUCUGCCGUAACCACAUUGUCAGCCUCAGUAACAGCGGACUGGUCACCAUUGCAGGUGGUAAAUGGACCACAUAUAGAUCCAUGGCUGAAGAGACUCUGGAUGCUGCCGUUAAAGCACACACCCUCCCAGCUGAGACCUGCAAGACUGUUGGUCUGAUGUUGGAGGGCGCCAAGGGCUGGACGCCGACGCUGUACAUCCGCCUGGUGCAAGACUACGGCUUAGAGCAGGAAGUGGCUCAGCAUCUGGCUUCGACGUACGGAGGGAAGGCGUAUGACGUAGCCAAGAUGGCGCUGGUCACAGGGCAAAGAUGGCCGAUUGUCGGAAAAAGACUUGUAUCUGAGUUUCCUUACAUUGAGGCUGAGGUUCUUUAUGCCAUCAAGGAAUACGCCUGCACCGCCAUCGAUGUCAUCGCCCGGCGAACGCGGUUGGGCUUCCUGAAUGUACAGGCGGCCGACGAGGCUCUUCCGCGCAUCGUGCAUAUCAUGGCCAAGGAGCUGGGCUGGAGCCAGGAGCGCAAGACGGCCGAGCUUGAAGCAGCUAAGAAGUUCUUGUACCACGAGAUGGGCUACCGGUCUCGUUCUGAGCAGCUGACCAAGACGUCCGAGAUGAAUCUGGACAACCAGGAAGUAGCAAGGUACAAGAAGCGCUUCCAUAAGUUUGACAAAGAAAGCAAAGGAUUCAUCACCACUGUCGACGUCCAGCAAGUCUUGGAGAGCAUCAACGUCCACAUAGACGAGAACGCGCUCCAUGAAAUCCUCAAUGAGGUGGACGUCAACAAGAAUGGACAGAUUGAAAUUGGUGAAUUCCUGCAGAGACUCCAAGCAGUUGAUGAGCGCCGUCAAAAAGGGCCACGUGUCCGACAGCCGCCUGGCCAUCCUCAUGAAGUCCGCUGAGGAGACUCUGGACAAGCGGGGCCCCGUGACGGUGGACCGCAGCGGGGGCGGAGUCUGAGCCCCAGCCUUUGCGGAGGCUCAUCUGAAUGACAAUGCAAUCAGGGAGACGGCGGCAGGAGUUUGGCCAAAUCAACAACAAAACCGCCGCCGCUCUCGAAGCGUGUUUUGGGUGAAACGGAGUCUAAUGAUGGAGAUUUGUUUUUACGUGUUGAUUGGUUCUCAGCAUCAGGUGCCUCCACUCUUCCACAGCGCACAAUGUAUCUAUUUAAAGCAUCUUUUUAGCACAGCGCUCAUAUUUGUACCCACUUUUAACACUGCUUUUCAUACUGACGCUGAUUGUCGUGCACGUACUGCUUCAUUGAAUUUAUUUUACUGUCCUGGAAGGAACACAUGCAAUCAGUUCCACUUGUUACAAGCUGUUAGGCUGCAACAAUUAAUCGAUGAGCCAUCCAUUAUCCAAUUCAUCCACAACUAUUUUGGUAGUCAGUUUUCCUCUCUUCUGAUAUUUACCGGACUGUUUGUUUGCUUCAUGUUGAUUUGGUCCGUUUAGGGCAGGGGUGUCCAAAGUGUGGGCCGGGGGCCAUUUGCAGCUUAAAGCUGGGUGUUUUUGGCCCACAGCACAUUUCUAAAAAUAUCAUUUAACAAGAAAAACUAAAAAAAAACCCAACAAAAAAAAAAAAACAUGAACAACAAAAAUGGAAAAAAUCUGCAGUAAUUUUACAGGGAUAAAGUCCAAAUAAUAAGAGGAAAAAGUGGUAAUCUAACAAGAAAAAGAGAUAAUUUUGCAAGAACGACGUAAUAGUAUUAGGAAAAAUAACAUCAUUUCAGCAGCAUAAAGUUGAAAUAUUAACUUUUUUUUUUAAAGUAACAUUAUGAGAAACAAAAACAACAAAUUUGGGAAUUUUAGCAAAAUUAGUUUGGGGAAAAAGUUCUUAUGUUACGAGAAUAAAGUCCAAAUAUUAUGGGGAUAAAGUCAUAAUUACGAGAAGCUGAAAUAGUUGGAAAAUGUAAAAAAACAAAAAAAUAGCAGAAAUGGUAGAAAGGUGCAAUAUUACAAAAAUAAACUUGUAAUAUUAUGAGGAAAAAUUUCAUUUUAGUAGCACAGAGUUGAAAUGUUUGUUUUUUUAAAGCUUGUAAUGUUAUGACAAACAAAACAAAAUAAAGUUGUCAUUUUUGGAACGUUAGGUUGGGGAAAAAAAGUUCAAAUAUGUGAAUAACAUCAUUUCAGCAGCAUAUUAACGUGAUUAUGAGAAACAAAAACAACAUGUUGGAAUUUUUGGAAUAUCAGUUUGGGGAAAAAGUUCUAAUGUUACGAGAAUAAAGUCCAAA